CCUUACCUAUUAGUAGGCCCUAUCUCUGACUAUCAUCACAUUCUAAGGGAUUGGGGUCACUUGGGGCUUCCACACAUUAAUUUAGGGAGAGACAUAAUUCAGCCAGUGAUUCUAGAGCAUGUCAAAUUUCCUUCCCGGGGAAUUGAAGCAGGUGAAGUGAACUUGGAGAAGAAGCAAAAUCUGUGGUUUUUAGUAUUCUGUUUCUGUGUCUGCAGGUACUGGGCUAACUUAAAGUUAUGGUUUAAACAGAAGAUCAGCAAGGAAGAGUUUGACCUGGAAGCUCACAGACUUCUCACACAGGAUAAUGUGCAUUCUCACAAUGAUUUCCUCCUGGCCAUUCUCACGCGUUGUCAGAUUUUGGUUUCUACACCAGAAGGUGCUGGAUCUUUGCCCUGGACGGGGGGCUCUGCAGCUAAACCUGGAAAACCUAAGGGCAAGAAAAAGCUUUCUUCUGUUCGUCAGAAAUUUGAUCAUAGAUUCCAGCCUCAGAAUCCCCUCUCUGGAGCUCAGCAGUUUGUGGCCAAGGAUCCCCAGGAUGACGAUGACUUGAAGCUGUGUUCCCACACAAUGAUGCUCCCCACUCGAGGUCAGCUGGAGGGGCGGAUGAUAGUGACCGCCUACGAGCACGGGCUGGACAACGUGACCGAGGAGGCCGUGUCAGCUGUGGUGUAUGCGGUGGAGAAUCACCUUAAAGAUAUACUGACUUCCGUUGUGUCGAGAAGGAAAGCUUAUCGGUUACGAGAUGGCCAUUUUAAAUAUGCCUUUGGUAGUAAUGUGACUCCACAGCCUUACCUGAAGAAUAGUGUGAUAGCUUACAACAACUUAAUAGAAAACCCGCCAGCCUUUUCUGCUCCCUGUGCCAGUCACAGUCUGUCUUCUCACCCACCCGCUGAUGACACUGAGCAGCAGGCUGCGCUCCUACUGGCUUGCUCUGGGGACACAUUGCCUGCAUCUCUGCCUCCAGUGAACAUGUAUGACCUUUUUGAAGCUUUGCAGGUGCACAGGGAAGUCAUUCCAACACAUACUGUGUAUGCCCUUAACAUUGAAAGAAUCAUCAUGAAGCUCUGGCACCCAAAUCACGAAGAGCUACAGCAAGACAAAGUCCACCGCCAGCGCUUGGCAGCCAAGGAAGGGCUUUCACUCUGCUGAGUUAGGGUUUGAGGGUGUGGGACCCUCAUCAGAUUCACUGAUCAUUGAAAGUUGAAGGUUUUCGGGUUCACAUUUCAAGAUUGAAGUGUAUAGUGUAUAAAUAACCUUUCCUAUGGAAAUAGGACAUUGAGUACAUUUUGUGUUGCUACUAUGAAGCCAUUCAUUUCCUAUAAAUCUAACAGAUAAUGACCCAUGUUUGUAUGUAUUUGUUCCCAGUUAUGGGAGCAGGCAUUAGAGGAGUUCUGUGCCUGGAAUGGGGAUGUUUAGGCAUCUGAGGUUUAGUGUCCUACGGUCUGCAUGAAAGAUAGAUGACAUCCUAGGAUGAAAACGCUGUUACAGCGCAGUUCUAGUGAUUAGCAGUAGUGGGACAUUGGUGUGCUCAGUGACAUCAUAUACUCUGUAUCUGGCAAGUCUUAGAAGUUUCUGCCUCCAGAAAAACUAUACUCAUGCAUUUUGGCUGAAAUAACCUAUAUAGUGUUAAAAAUCAGAUACGUCCUUUAGUGACCCUUUUUAAUUUUUUUUGGGGGGGGUACCAGUGAUCAAACUUGGGACCUUGUACUUGGGAGGCAGGCGGUGGAAUCACUGAGCUAAAUCCAUAGCCCUCCAUUUUAAUUUUUAACAGGUACAAAUAGUCCCUAAAAAGACAGUUAAUCUUUAUAGAAAAUGAUUUGGAAAUGUGCUCUUAAGACUAAAAAUCAAACCCUUUCUUUGCAUUUAAAACCAAAAUUGAAACAAAAACAUCUUUGAAUACAAUUGAUCUUAUAAAUGUGUUCUUAUAACUAAGUUUUUUGUUGUUGUUUUUUUAAGCGUUAAUCUGUCCAAAGACUCUGACAGGCUUAUGUAUUAAUUCCUAUAGGAAGUGGUAAGAUACCUGUAUGAACAAGUAGGAUUUAUGCUUGGUAAUUCUGUUCCUCUGAAAUAGCUGUUUCUAUCCUUUCAAGUCAUAAAAUGAAAAUUAUUUACAUUUGACAAUGUUAUUGAUAACCAGCUGUUUUCUUAGAUCUGUUGCUUUUCACUCAUAGUGUUGAUGGAUAAAUUAGAAUGUAUAGAUGGGUUUAUGUAGAUCUAAAUAAUAGAUAUGUAUAUAUGGUUCAUAUAUUUGGAUCUGUGUAUUUGAUUUUGUAUUUUAAAUGUGACAAAUAAAUGUUAUGGGAGAAAAUUUUGUUAAAGUAAACAUAAAAGGAAUAGUACAUUGCACAGAAAUAGAGACUGUGGUGGGGACUUUUCAAACAAAUAUACUAGAUGAGGACUGAAAGGCAGAUUCCUCUUAAGGUGUGCCAUUUCUUUUUUGUGAUGUGUAGAGUAAGACUAAAAAGAAAAAUCAGCAGCUUAGUUUUUCUUGAGAUGUGCUCUUCAGAAUUUUAGGUGAGAUAACCCUCAAGAAGUUUGAGUUUGGAAGAAUCUGAACAGAUACUCAAAUGAAUAAAGUGGUUUUGUUUCACACCGCCACACACCUGGGCCUUAACGGUGCCCAAGGAGCAUGAGGUAAAUCCCCCAAGUUGACCAUGUCUCACUACCGUUGCAGUGGCAGGCUCCAUAGGGGUCUGCAGCAGAGGAAAUUCCACUACUCCCGACCCGGCCUGACCUUGAAAAAGAUUUGAAAUUGUUCCACUGAAGACUGGCUGCAUCUGACAGCAUUGCCAGCUGUGGGACCCUACAUGCCAUCCCUUCUGUAAUUAAGAAAUCAUGAGUACUUACUCCCAAGCGUCAUUUAGAAAAAUAUUUCAAUCAGAAAAAAGGCUGUUAGAUAUCAGAUAAUUUCAGUUAUUGCAGGUUAUUUCUCCAGGAAUUUGAAUACUUGUUUUUUAGCUACAGGUUUAUCACCACAAAAUGAGGGUUGAUAGGCCUGCCUCACUUUAUCGGGGAGACUGAGGGCUGGCUUAGCAUACAUCUUAUUCCAUAACCUUUAUCACCCAACAGCUGUGGUCACUGGGAUGUUCCCAGAUUAUCUUGUAAAUGAUUACCGUCUUUUAACCAUAGAUGAACACUCUGUGUCCUAAGAUGCUUCUGGGAGGAAGGAAAUGGGUAAACAGGCUUAGUCUUAGGAGAGUGGGGCCAGCAGACUGGUAGCAUUUGAUUCUGCUUGCUUAAAAAUGAGUAAUAAAAACGUCUACAUCAUUCUUGGACAGUAAUUACUACUUGAGUUAUGGACAUGAUAUAUUACAAAGCCUAAGUUUACCAAUGCUCUGUAUAGCAGCUCCUGGGUUCGCAACACUUUCGGGGCUUUUGUUGUUGUUGUCAGGGUCUUGCUACAUAGUUGAGGCUGGCCUUGGUGAUCCUUGUCCGCUAUGCUGGAAUUACAGGAGUGUACUAUCGGGCUUGGCUUUGUGCUUCCAAUUUUAAAGACUUUUAAGGAAGUAGGGUACUAAUUUUUUUAUCCAUCAACUCAGCAUGUUUCAGGUGAUAACUGAAUAACCUUUUCUUUUUUUGGUACCAGGAUUGAACCCAGGUCCUUGUGAGGCAAGGGCCAGAACCACUGAGCUAAAUCCCCAGUGCUGAAUUAAAAACCUUUACAGAUUCUCUUCAUGUAAUUUUGGUAACCAUCCCUGACAGCAUGUGAACCACAACUGAUUUGAGGAAAAGAAAUAUAUGCUAAGAGUUCGUUACCUUUAUAAGCCAAUUUAAAACCACUCCAUUUUCUUUGCUUUGUAAAGACACCAACAUUGUAUCCCAUGCACUUUUUUAUUUAAUUUAAAUAUAACUGGCACCAAAGAGAUGGAGAAUAUAGUAUAGACAAUAGCUUAAAAGGUAAUUAGACAAUGCUAGCA